CAUCGCCCGCUCAAAAGCCUUUUUCUAGUGCUAAUAACCUCGGGAAAUUAAAUUACAAAAGUAAUUUAACGCCAUUAUGUUGGUUGACAUAAAUCUCGUACUAACAGUGGUUCAAUUAUUUCAAAAGAUAAAAAUAGCCUAGUUUUAAUAAAGCUAUAAAACCAUAUUUACUUUGUUCUACAAACACCCUGUUGAAGAAGCAAAAUUGUAUGAGGUUUUAUAGUAGGCAACUAAACUUAUAAGAGUAAUACUGUAAUCCAGAACUUUCCAUUUUCUAUUGAUUUACAAUGUGACAAGGGAUAAAAUUUGUCUCUUGUUUCUUACGUUCCGUGAUCCCAUCCUUGAAUUUGUCUCUUGUUCUUACAUCCCUUAAUUAGUUUGGAUCCUAAAUGAUCACAUUUGAAUAGUUCGUCCUGAACUUAAAAUGCCCAGUGAAUCAGUUUUCCAUAGAUGCAUUCAGUAUGCGCACAAGAUUUUGUUUAUUUUGACGGCUGUCCUACGGUGGGAUAAAGACAACAUAACCUUUUUCACGUUUUUGUUUGCUACGUAAAAAGAAACACCAGACUAAAUUUCAACAAUUGUCCUCUUUUGUCUUUUUUUGUAUACCACUUCUUAGUUUGGUAACGGAUUGUUACAGGAUGCCAUCCGAGUAUAUAAUCUUAAAUUCUGAAGGCAGGAUACACAACCCGCCGAUAUCCGUUCGAAGGACACCUACUCUUGUCUAUUUUUUUUUAUCAAAUUAAAAACAAACCAAUGAAAUUGCCCGUAUGAAUUGCAACCGCACGUGAAAAGAUGUUCACUUUGUUGAAGACUUGCCGCUUAAUUGAAGUAGGCAAUAGCUACUUUGGGACGAGGUUUUUCGGGUGCUUCAUUGACGUAGCACUGUGUUAAAUUUAUUGGUAUGUUUGCCAAGAUGGAGAACUAUCAGUCAGACCUAAAGACGAACUUUGAACCAUUUCGCAUCAAAUCGGUGGAGACAAUAAAACUGACAUCACGGGAGGAAAGAUUGCAAUACCUGGCCGAAGCAAGCUACAACCCGUUCAAGGUAAAAUCGGACCACAUCACAAUCGACCUUUUGACAGACUCAGGGACCGGCGCAAUGAGCUCACAUCAAUGGUCCGCUCUGAUGCUUGGAGACGAGGCGUACGCUGGUUCUAGAAGCUUCCACAAGUUUGAGGAAGUCGUCAAAAAGAUCUAUGGUUACCGUCACGUGAUACCAACUCACCAAGGCCGGGCCGCUGAGCGCAUCCUCUUCAAGUGCAUGCUGGAACAGGGUGAUAUCGUUCCUAACAAUGCCCACUUUGACACCACUCGUGCUAACGUGGAGGCGGUGGGAGCGGUCGCAAUAAAUCUGCCUGUACCAGAGGCUCUUGAUCCGCAACACGCGUCUCUUUUCAAAGGGAACAUGGACGUACAGAAGCUCAGCAAACUGCUGACCAGCGAAAAGAGAAAGAAAGUGAAGAUGGUGAUUAUUACCAUCACGAACAACGCCCUAGGGGGUUCACCAGUGAGCAUGUCGAAUAUCAGGGCCGUAUCCAAGCUUUGUCGCGCGCACGGCGUUCCCAUGUAUUUUGACGCGUGCCGCUUUGCCGAGAACGCUUGGUUCAUCAAAACAAACGAGACAGGAUACGAGAACAAAACACCUCUGGAAAUAGCGCAAGAAAUGUUUUCACACGCAGAUGGUUGCACCAUGUCAGCCAAGAAGAACGGUCUGGCAAAUAUCGGCGGGUUUAUCACACUCAACAAUGACGAGAUCGCCGAUAAAUGCUGUAUGGAGCUUGUUAUCUCUGAGGGCUUCGUCACAUACGGAGGCCUUGCAGGACGCGAUCUCGAGGCUAUUGCGGUCGGCCUGGAUGAGAUACUGGACGCGUCUUACCUCAGAUACCAAAUCAACCAGGUUCAGUACUUGGCCGAUAUGCUACAGCAGCGAGGAGUACCUGUACUCACCCCACCCGGAGGGCACGCUGUCUACAUCGAUGCAGGAGCGAUGCUCCCGCACAUCCCAACAGAGCAAUUCCCGGCUUGGGCGCUCAACUGCUCACUGUACAUCGAGGGGGGUAUCAGAGGGGGAGAGCUAGGUGGAGUCAUGCACGGUGAUCAAGCCAAUGAUCACGACAAUGACACACCCGACGGGGAGGGGGAAGGGGUGGAGUGCCGACCUGAGCUGGUCCGACUUGCGAUUCCAAGAAGAACCUAUACUGAAUCGCAUUUGAGGUACGUCGCGGACGUCUUCGGACACAUCUACAAGCAUCGUCACGUGAUGACAGGCUAUCGGAUCACGUGGGCUGCCAAGGUGUUACGUCAUUUUACUGCACGCCUCGAGCCUAUUGCGAGCGAAAAGGUCCGGGGCAAAAAUCACAUGACUGAGGCGGCUCAACUAAAGCACAAUAUUGUGAUACAAAAUGGGGCUGUGAUUGAGGGAAUGGAGAACGGUUUCACAUUAGACUAAUCUAGCCCUACACAUCUGUAAAUAUCAUUAUGGGUGAGGGCGCAGUCCUAAAGGUUCUUCCUACAAGUUGAUAAACGAGCGCACUUGGUCUCCUUUAACGAAAUAUAUCCAGUUAUAUGAUUUUAUGUGUCAAUGACACCAUACGCUACAAGAGGAUGACGACGAUUCUAUGUAUCCAUAGUAUAAGACUAUUUCAUAAAUGAUUAUAUAUACUCUUUAUUAUAAUAUGAAAAUGAAUAAAGAAAUAAAGCCUUAUCUUGCUGA